UUAGGAGAGAUCAGCCUCAGUUUCCUGGCUGAGCUGUGGCGACUGUCUGGAGCGAGAGAGAGAGAGAGAGAGAGGAGGAGGGAGAGCAGGAGGAGGCGUCUCCCAUUGAGAUUCCCUCACUAUCUACGGAUGUGAGAGGCUGUCCACCACCUCCUCCCUUCACAGUCAACAGGAAGACUGGAGGCCAAAGACGGUGCAGGAGAGGAAAACCAAGAAGUCCAAAAAAAAAAACAUGAGCAAGAAUCAGAAGGAAGUCAAGAAGAUCCAGUCAGCUUAUCUCCAGAAUGUGGAGAAGCUCAACCAAGGGGCGAGGCAAGAGAAGAAAACCUGGAAGGCAAAAGAAGGAGACUUUGCCGCACCGACAACGAUGGAAAAGCUACGACAGCCUUCUGCCGUCGCUUCCUUAGCUGGACCGGUGACCAAAAGUUCUGCACACAGAAUCAGCCGAGACCUGACUUGCUCCAUCUGCUUGGACCUCUUCAAGCAGCCUGUCUCUUUGCCUUGUGAUCACACCUUCUGCCACGGCUGCAUUGUAGGAUACUGGGCCGGACCCCGGGGUCACGGCCAGGGUGUGACGGGCUCCUGCCCCCAGUGCAGGAAAGUGUACCCGGGUCAGAGCUACAGGCCCAACCGUAUCGUGGCCAAUAUUGUAGAGAGUUACUGUCAGGGGCUGGAGGAGAGUGGCAACGGGGGGCGCUUGGUCGACGCCGCCCCGGCCGAGAAGGCACCCGCCCCGGCUCCACGUUGCAGCCGACACAGAGAGGAGCUGAAGCUUUACUGUGAGGAGGAUCAGGAGCUGGUUUGUUUGGUGUGCGGACUCUCUCAGGAGCACAGGAACCACACCAUGGUUUGCGUCCAAGACGCAGAACAAAAGUACAGGGCAUCUCUGAACAGCUCCAUGGACUCCCUGAAAGCCGAACUCAAUACGGCGCUUCAGUGUGACCGGGAAGCUGAGGAUGAAGUCAAAAAGCUGAAGGAGCACACAGCCGACCUGAAACAGCGCAUCGAGGCCCAGUUCAGCGACCUGCACCAGUUCCUCUACCAGGAGGAGAAGCUGCUGCAGGUGAAGCUGAAGACGGAGGAACGGCGUGAGCUGAUCCGCCUGGACGAGCACAAGGCGCUGCUGUGCGUGGAGAUCUCCCGUCUGCAGAGAGCCCUCCAAGAGAUAGAGGACAAGCUGAUGGAGCAGGACCCCUUCACUCUGCUGCGGAGCAUCAAAGUAUUACUGCAGAGGCCAUCCCUGAAGUUCGAGAAGCCAGCUUUUACGCCACCCAGUCUGUGUGAAGGACGCUUUGCAGGGCCUCUGCAGUACAGAGUGUGGAAGUCCAUGAAAAGCAGUAUUUACCCAGUCCCAGCAGCCAUCACGUUCAACUCCAGCACGGCCAACCCUUGGCUGAGCCUGACCUCCUCACUAACCUGCGUACGCUACCAGACCUUCAACCACGCCGUGGAAGACAACCCCUACAGGUUCAACGCUGCCUUGUCGCUGCUCGGGAGCCAGGGUUUUACCCACGGGCGCCACUACUGGGAGAUCGAGGUCUACAGUAGCACUGUCUGGACUGUGGGUGUGGCACGGGAGUCGGUACCCAGAAAGGGGGUCAUCAAAGCUCUUCCGGCUAACGGCUUCUGGACCCUCUCACUUUCUUACGGGAUACAGUACAUGGCGGGCACAUCCCCGCCGACUGUUCUGUCCCUGGAGGAGCCGCUGGCCAGGAUCGGGGUGUACCUGGACUACAAGAGAGGCCUAGUGUCCUUUUACAAUGCCGAGACCAUGACACACCUGUACACCUUCAGGGAGAGCUUCAUCGAGACGCUCUAUCCUUACUUCAACUUGGGAUUUCUGGAUAAAGUGCAUGAGAAUGAGCCUCUUAAAGUUUUCCUGCCAAAGAUUUGAAACCGUCUUUUGUACGGAAUGUAGAUUUAGAUUAAUUAGCAAAGCCGCAGACUGGAUCUAUGGCUGCAUUAUUUUUAAUACGUUAAUAUUUUAAAAAGUGAGUGCUUACCGUUUAAGAUGUUUUUGUUUAUUUGGGAAAAUAACUGACGUAUGCAGUGUUGUGUUUAGGUACAAAUACACACAGUGCUGCUCAAAUAGUGGGGCGGGUCCCCUGGGAGGGGAUUACUUUCAAUCUUAGUGCAGUCCUGCCAACUUGUACAAAUAUGUUGUACUUCUGAAUAUGCUUGUAUGCUUCACAACUCUCCAUUUUGUUGUACUUUCUUUGUUUCAGUAUACAUAAAUAAAUUGAU